AUCAUUAAGCACAGAAUCAAAACCCAAAGUUAGUUUAUCCUGUUCUUAUCUUAUCUUGGUGUACUUAUCUCAGUUGUUUAAUUUCCAGUAAACUGUCCUGUUAUCCUCCUCAUCUCCUCUAUCCUCGUCAAGAUCAGAUUUUUGUGGAUCCAUCCCUCCGCCCGGCCAUGAAGCGCGCUUCCGAUUCCCCGGCUGGUCGUGAUCCCCGGGCUCCUCCUCCCGCUUCCUGUGCCGGCGGCGACUCCAGCGAGCCAGCCAACAAGAAGCAGCGGCGGACCUCCAGCUCGACCCAGCCGCCUCCACCGGAGCAGCCGAGACAGGCGCCGGACCUGGGCGAGGACGUGGUGUUCGAGGUGCUGCGGCGGGCGGAGGCGCCGACGCUGGCCGCCGCGGCGUGCGUGAGCCGGGGCUGGCGGGUCCUCGCGCAGGACGAGCGGCUGUGGGAGGCCGCGUGCGUGCGGGAGUGGGCGGGCCUCGGCUUCUCGGAACACCUGCUCCGCGCCGUCGUGCUCUUGCUCGGCGGCUUCCGCCGCGCGCACGCCGUCUCCAUCAACGCCCGACGGCGGUUCGGCGGCGACUGCGGAAACUGGCACGGCGUGCGGGCGCCGGGACAGGGGAGGAGGCGGCCGGCGCCGUGGACCGAGGACGAGCAUAGGUUGUUCCUCUUAGGCCUGAAGAAGUACGGCAAAGGGGACUGGAGGAACAUUUCGCGCAACUUCGUGCGGACGAGGACGCCAACGCAGGUGGCCAGCCACGCACAGAAGUACUUCAUCAGGCUCAGCUUGGGGGCGAGGAGGCCGAGCAUCCACGACAUCACCGCAGUUCACCCUCCCUCGCCGUCCCAGUAAUCGAUGAGCCGGGCGCUCGGGUGUCGAACUACGUCAUGGGUUUGCAAGAUCAAGGCCUCCAGUGUGGUACUCUACAUGAUCAGCUUGCUGCGAUCGGAAAUAUUUCGAUCCAUUUCGACGCCACCGAUCAGAAGUCUAGUGUAAUAUGGCCUUUGUUGUAGCUUCAUUGCUUGUAUUAUUAUUGAAGCAAGUAAUUGAUUAUGGGGAUUUUUCAGAACAUAGUAGUCUAUAAUUGUUGGUGUUGAUACUGAGAAUGUAAGGGGAAAAGGAUGUAAAGAACCUGCUUGAUGUUGUAGUAUGACAGACAGGGAUACUGGUGCUCAGUACUGAUCAUGUACAUUGUCAAGUGGACUUAAUUUUCAAUCUUCAUGGAUCCUGCUUUCUGGUCA